AUGGCGGAUUUCUUCUCAAUGGAUGUCCAAGAACGUACUUUUGAUAAUUCUCAGAAUGGACGGUUCGCUUUAAGUCAAUUAAUACUACGUUGUAUUUAUUUCUCACUUCCUGAACCAAAGAAAGAUUUGAGUAAUUUUAUCGACAUUUAUCUUCGAAAUAAGGAGAAAUUGGCACCUGCUGUUUACGAGCUUUUCAGAAAUUACAAACAGCAGGUGCCACGUUUUGAUAGAGAUGAUCACUGUGAGAAAGUCGUCAACAAUGGGUACUGGGAAGUUUGCCAAUCCUUGGUUGAUAUGUAUCGUUGCGAUAAAUACAGCUACAAAUCGUCAGUCAGCGACUUCUUCUCUUCUCCAUAUUUCUCUGGAUCAGCUGGUGUGGUCAUCGGACUUAUUUCCAUUCUCUCCGCCUUCUUUUUACUUCAUUUUCUUCAAAGAAGAUCAGGACAAGGAUCUAUGCCUACUGGAUCUCGUUCAAAAGUCUCCUCGUCCUCGACUGGAAUUACCGCACCAUUGAUUCCAACUCCCAAGAAAUCAAAAUCUUCGGAGACUCCGAAGAAAUCGAACACUCCGAAAUCAACACCGAAAGUUACACCGAACAACACUCCGAACAAAAUGAAAACCGAAUUGUAUUGA